AUGAUGGUACGUACCGCGUCCAUGUAUCCUCGUUUCAUUCAUCACCACUACGCACGUCAUGCCGACAGUCUCUUCCAUCCCGAAGACAAGACGACAAAUCCCAAGCACAAGGGACGUCGGUACUGUUUCAUCGCGGGCAUUCUUGACGACGGAUCGGACGCCGCACAUCUCCUGAGCCUGGGAAUUUUCGUCGGUGGGAAGAAGAAUGGCAGGACUGUGAAGGACUACCAUGCUAUGUUUAACCAUGACUAUUUCGUUGACUGGUUUGGCAAGCUCAUGGAUGAAGUUGAAGAACUUGGGUGGGCAUGCGCAGUGUUUGUGAUGGACAACGCCAAGUACCACAAAGGCAAGCCCAAGACGAAGCGGAAAGGUACGUGGAAGAAGACAGACUUCUACGACGCUUGUGUUAUCCACGGCAUCUUUGAAGUUUCGAUUACGGACCUGAAGACAACGACAUGGAAGGCGCUGAAGAAGCACUUGGGCGAACACGUCCUUCCUGUUGUUGUCGAAAUCGCCAAGGCGCGGGGGCAUCAUGUUGUCUACUCUGCCCCCGGGUUUUCUGAGCUGCAGCCUACCGAGAUGGUGUGGGCAAACAUCAAGGGAUCGGUGGGACGUGUCUAUACCUCAACAACAACAUUUCAAGAUGUAUGA